CAUUUAACUAAGAAAAAUGUUAACAGAUAACUCUGGCAACAUUUGAACCCAUUACUGAUAAUCAAAAUAAUUGUAGUUUAUUAUUUUCCAAAAUCGAUAUGACAAACUUGUUUAAUAUAUGUGCGGAAUAAAUGUGAAAAAGUUAAAUUUUGCUAUGGAGCCCACUAUUAAAUAUGAAAAUUGUGAGGAAAUAUUCAUUGGACCGGCUGGUGUGAUUACUCCAGGCAGUGGACAAAAACGUCAUUUCGAUAAUAUCAGUGCAGGAAAUGAAUAUCCGAGCGGAGGUGGCAGUUAUUGUCAGGAAAAUCAGAACGCAAAAUCACAAAGCUCUGCUUUUAUAGCACCAACGCAUCAGACUUUGUACGCACAAUUUCAAAAUAAUGUAGCUGGUCAACAGGAGGUGAAACCUGCUAAGCGUUAUCGGCGCGGAGAAAGCGCGGUAUUGUUCUCGCCACCUUUUUUCGAAGUUCCAGACGACAUUAACGCACAAGGCGAUACAUUUACAGCACGAUGCGUCUCUUGCCAAGUUAUACUACGUGGUCACAAAAAUGUUUCGUCCAACUUUAUUAAACACAUGAAACGCUCACACCCAGAGGUACACAAAAUGUAUGAAAACUACAAAUUGUUAAAACAACAUAGUAGGAAUAUGAACUUAUUGGUAAAUAAGUCACCAGCGGCACCAAGUGAACAAAGUUAUUUUGAUGUUAGUACAUGCUUAGAUAAUACACAAUCAAAUGCUACACAAAUAGAAAGUGAUGCGGUCGAAAAUGAGCAGAAUUCUGAAACCACCGAAAAUUCUCAACCGAACUCUAAUACAGAUUUAAAUGAUACCAACGAAAAUUCAGUUGAUUCCCAACCCAACAAAAAAGAUAUUUCCACGUCUGAAGUGAAUUUAUCAAACAAAACCCUCCAUGCAAUAAGCAAAAUGUUUGAUGAAAAGCUAAAGUCAUUCGCAACAAAGGCGGAAUUGAGCGAGGUGUCUAAAAAUUUCAUUAACCAAGCGCGUUCGCGGCAAAGUACACCCUGUUCGACAAGCGUUCAUGACGGGCAUAAUGAUGAAGAUGAAGUUGAAGAAGGAAAAGUAGAUAAAUAUAAAACAAUACAAAAUGAGCUUGAAGUAAUGCGUCAACGUCUGUCUCAGUCGGAACAGAGUAAACGAGUUUUGCAACGCGAACUUCACACGCUAGAAAAAAUAGUGCGAAAACGUAAACUUAUUAUUAAUAAUAUACCAAUAGCACCAGAACAACAGCCGCAAACUGCUGUAGAGCAAUUGCUUAAGGAACGUUUUGAUCUGCCGAAUGUGGCUUUGGAAAAUGUUUGUGUUAUUGGCAACAGAAAUAGACAGCAAAACAAUAGACAAACUCUUCUUGUGGAAGUGGUUCGUGAAAGUGAUGUAAAUGCAAUAUUUAGAAGGAGUGCUUGUUUAAAAAACACAGGUAUAUAUAUUUCCUCUCAGAUGUCCCAAAUAUCACUGAAACGAAAAGAAAAGCUCUUGGUGUUGCGACGGGAGAUGUUGCGCCGAAAUCAAUCAUUGAAAAUAUUAGUGCGUAACACACAAUUACUCGUAUGUGGCACAUAUUUCUACUGGGAUGACCAGCUGGGUUUAUGUGUAGGUAAUUUGGAUAUGGCGGAAAGCAAUUCGGUUAGCGAUGACGCAGCCGAGGAAUUAAAGAAACUAACAAAACUAGACAUGAAAGAAUUCCUUAAUGUUUUGAAAAACUAUGAUAUUAGAUAAGAUAAUUUUUAAAUACUUUUACUCAUUCCAAAAUUUUUAACGCAAAUCCAUUACCGUUAAUUUUAUUUGAACUAAUUUCUUAAAAAAGUGGAAUAUUUU